AUGAGUGAAGUUAUUGAUUCUAAUCUUGAGAAGAAGAACGGAAUAGUUACCGUUGAUUCUGUUACUGGUGGUUCUUCCGCCGAAAACAGGCUGCUAAGUUCCAAAAAAGUUGACUGGAAAACAAAGAUUAGAGGCAUUAUUUGGGACUCUCUUGACAAAAGUCCGGAGGAAAGAAAGUUUGUAUUCAAGGUGGACUGCUGGGUAAUGUCAUACAUUUGUGUGGCCUACUUUGUCAAAUAUUUGGAUUCUAUGAAUGUGUCGAAUGCUUAUGUUUCAGGAAUGAAGGAAGAACUUCAUUUUGGAGGAUUGCAGUAUAACUAUUUAUCAACUUGGUACUACAUUGGCUACAUCAUUGGCCAAAUUCCUUCUCAGGUGGCUAUCAAUUAUAUCAGACCUUCCAUCUGGUUACCAGCAAACGAAUUGCUUUACGGAGCCUUUGUCAUGGCAAUGGCAGGAGCUAAAGAUGUCAAGACUUUGUAUGCGUUGAGAUUCUUCAUUGGCUUGUUCGAAAGCACUGCCUAUGUUGGUAUCAUGACAAUCUUAUCCAACUUUUACUUGCCAGAUGAAUUGGGAAAGAGAACAUGUAUCUUUCAAACUUCCUCGAGUGCUGCUCAGAUGUUCUCGGGAUACUUGCAAACAGGCCUUCAUAAAGGCAUGGAUGGUGUAGGUGGACUUUCGGCUUUCCGGUGGCUUUUCAUAUUUGAUGGUAUUAUUACAAUACCUGUUGCGAUUGUGGGAUUCUUUGCUAUUCCUGACGAACCCUUGAGUUCAAAGGCAUUUUGGUUCAAUGAAAAAGACAGAGAAAUUGCAAUAAGCCGAUUAAAACGGGGGAACAGAAAUACCAAACCUAAUAUGAAAUUCCAAGAUUUUUUGGAUAUGUGUGUGGACUGGCCCAUUUACCUUUUCUCGUUGAGCUUUAUUUGUCAUGUGGUUGCAAUUAGACUUUACGGAUACAUGAACCUUUGGUUGAAAUCAACAGGUACAUUUUCCAUCUCCCAGAUCAACAACUUACCUACGGCAGGUUAUGGGCUCCAGAUCUUCGCAACCUUGUGCUGGGCUUGGCUUUCAGAUGCUGUUGGAAACCGGUGGUCUAUAAUAACUCUAGCUUGUACUCCUGCGAUAAUUGGGUCGAUAAUUUUGUGGGUUUGGCCAAGCAACCAGAGUGCAUUAUUUGCCGGCUGGUAUUUGAUGUUUGCAGAAACCGGCGCAGGCGCCUUGUUCAUUAGUUGGAUGUCAGAGACGUUGGGUACGGCAGUAGAACAAAGGUACUUGAUGAUAGGCGUUGCUGAGGCCACUUCGUUUAUAUUCACGGCUGCAAUUCCCAUCUACUUGUAUCCGGCUGACAAGGCACCCCGUUAUCCUUAUGCCUAUCCUAUUACUUUCAUGUUUUUUACGCUUGAAGCGGUGGUUACCUUGGUGAUUGCUUUGAUUCAGAGACUUGAAAGGAAAGGAGUUUUACGCAACAAACACUUGUUUCUUAGCAAGACCCAGGAAAUAUUGAUUGAAGAAGAACAAGCUAGGAAGGAUAACAAGGAAGCAGUUUGA